AUGUCGCUGAUUAGAGCUGAGAAGGUCGUCUCGUCCACCUUACGGAGAGGCACAAGCUACCCGACAUCUCGAGCUUUGUUAACCCCGACCUUGACAUUGGGCACUCUAAGAACCUUCCAUAAUACCACGAAAUCUCCAGCACCAUCACAACCCGGAAUAUCAGGCCUCGGUACCAUCCCGCCCUCUUACUUCCAACGCCCCUCCCUCCCCGCAAACACCAUUAUACGCUUCGUACCCCAGCAGACAGCAUGGAUUGUUGAGCGCAUGGGAAAGUUUAACCGUAUUCUCGAGCCCGGUCUUGCUAUCCUCGUUCCUUUUCUCGACCGAAUUGCCUACGUCAAGAGCCUGAAAGAGGUGGCCAUCGAAAUACCUAGCCAAAGUGCUAUCACGGCCGACAACGUAACUUUAGAGCUAGAUGGUGUACUCUAUACCCGAGUAUUUGACGCUUAUAAGGCCAGUUACGGCGUAGAAGAUGCCGAGUAUGCCAUUUCCCAGCUCGCCCAGACCACCAUGCGCAGCGAGAUCGGUCAACUGACCCUCGAUCACGUACUAAAAGAGCGCGCCGCUCUCAACAUCAACAUAACCGCAGCCAUCAACGAAGCAGCCCAAGCCUGGGGCGUUACGUGUCUACGUUACGAGAUUCGCGAUAUCCACGCCCCGGCCGCCGUUGUCGAAGCUAUGCAUAGGCAGGUUACAGCUGAGCGAUCCAAGCGUGCUGAAAUCUUAGAAUCUGAGGGUCAGCGCCAAAGCGCUAUAAAUAUUGCCGAGGGUAAGAAGCAGAGUGUCAUCCUGGCAUCCGAAGCCUUGCGUUCCGAGCAGAUCAACCGCGCCUCUGGUGAGGCUGAGGCUAUUCUUAUGAAGGCCAAAGCCACAGCGUCUGGAAUUGAUGCUAUAGCCCACAGUAUCAACAGCGGCGGCUCUUCGGCCCAGGGUGCUAUCAGCUUAAACGUGGCCGAGAAAUACGUUGACGCCUUCGGCAAGCUAGCACGUGAGAGUACCGCCAUCGUGGUCCCGGGUAACGUAGGCGAUAUCGGUGGUAUGAUCGCUACGGGUCUCAGUGUGUACGGCAAGGUAGGCGAGGCCCAGAACCGCGCCAUGGCCAAGCAGCUAGCGGAGAAAAAUGAAUCGACUCCAGAGGAAUCAACCGGACCUAAAACUAGCCAGAGCGUCGUGGACUCGAUGGUGCGCGAGUUCGACAACACAGCUAAGAGGAAGUAA